AUGCUUAACGCAGAAAGCGGUUCAACCGUGGUUAUUCGUACACCUGCCGAAAGUUCUUCUUCUGCAGCAUCAUUAACACAGCAGAAUAAGCCUUCCUCAAAAAAGCCUCGUUCACGUCGUUCUCGACCUCACGCCGCUAAUUCUAAGAAGCCCUCGGACGUGGUAACCACUGCACAAAAUCAAGAUCAAGCUACAGAAAACCGGUCAUCAACGGUGGCAGAACAGGUUAUUGCAGACAAUGUAAAUCAAACCAAUGAUACAGCGCCCAAAAAGCGUCGUCGUCCCCGUCAUCACAAAAAGAAACCUGCCACCGAUACCAACACGGAUGCAUCUGGCCCAUCUGCCACUGAGCCCGCCACUUCAUCCGAAGCAUCGACUAUACCAGCCAAGCCCAAACCGAAGCCCAAGCCCAAGCCCAAGUCCACCGCUUUGGAUUCUAGCGACCAGACAAAUAACGCUACGCAUUCGCCUCGCUUCCAUAAAAACCGUGCGCAAGCUCGUCUCACCAGCGAUGCCACUCCCCAGGAGGCAUCAAAUGAUGGACCCGAGGCUGCCAAACCCAAGCGAUCUCGUCGAAAGCCUGCCAAAGCACCUACACAGACAUUACCAACACCGGAUUUUAAGGAUUUAGCAUCAAGCAUUGCUCACGAAUUACAGACAGGUGCGUACGAAUGCAUGGUUUGUUGGGAUAUCAUUCGCCACGGUCACCACACUUGGACUUGCGAUUGCUGUUGGAAAGUGUUCCACUUGAACUGUAUCGGCCGAUGGGCCACCAAGUCAUUGGAAGAUAAAAGUACCAACAAGAUGAUUACCUCUUGGCGAUGUCCUGGUUGCCAGCAUACCCGUGGCGCUGUACCAAGAGAUUAUCUCUGUUUCUGUGGCAAGGAGAGAAACCCGGAACCGAGUAAAUUUCUUAUACCUCACAGCUGUGGACAAUUAUGUAAAAAGUCCCGAGCGUGCCCUCACGAAUGCACAUUACCUUGCCAUCCCGGUCCUUGUCCGCCCUGUAGCGCCAUGGGUCCCUUGAGAACGUGCUAUUGUGGACGAAACAUGCAUCAAAAGCGAUGUGCUGAUACCGAUUAUACCACCCAAGGAUAUUCAUGCGACGAAGUCUGCGGCGAGUUGUUAGGAUGUGGGAAACAUCGAUGUGUGGAAAGGUGUCAUUCGGGCGUGUGCGAACCGUGCAAAGUGGACGUAUCUCAAACCUGUUAUUGCGGUCGUCACUCACGCACGGCAAGAUGCGGCCAAGGCGCUCCCACCGAUUGCAAUGGUCACAUAGGAUACUACAGUUGCAAAUCGACGUGCGAAACUGCUUAUGCUUGUGGCAACCAUUUCUGUAAAGAAGAAUGCCAUCCUUGCACGGUGAAUACAGAACAAUGUCCGUUUGAUCCUGCCAUCAUUGAUACAUGUCCCUGCGGAGCUCACCCUUUGGAAGCGCUCAUGGGAAAAGACACGCGUACAGUAUGCACCGAUCCUAUUCUGACAUGCUCUUCUACUUGCAACAAGCUAUUGCCCUGUGGUCACGCUUGCCAGCAAAGGUGCCACACAGGCUCUUGUGCUCCCUGCCAAGAACCUGUCAAUGUACCUUGUCGAUGUCGAGCCACUACCUUCAGUUCAGUAUGUUCACGCGUGUGUGAAGCGGCUGGUGGUGAGCCGCCUUUAUGUGACAAGAUCUGCCCCACCAUGCGAAGCUGUGGACGUCAUGGAUGUGGUAAUCAAUGCUGUCCGGCUUCAAAGCAAAAGGGGAAAAAGAAGACCUUGGAUACCACCCAUGAUUGUACCCUCGUCUGUGGAAGAACGCUGUCAUGCGGGAUCCAUCAAUGCCAAGAGCGAUGUCAUAAAGGCAAAUGCAAUCCGUGUUUGGAGGCGGAAUUUGACGAAGUCACUUGCCACUGUGGUCGAACAGUGCUUGAACCUCCUGUGCGUUGCGGUACAAAAUUACCACCGUGUCCUUACCCUUGUACACGAGUGGCUCCUUGUGGCCAUAUGCGUCUUUUGCAACACAACUGUCAUCCGGAUGACGAACCGUGUCCCCCUUGUGCUAUCCUGAUCACACGUUCAUGUGUUUGCGGUAAAGCCAUGCUCAAGAAUGUGCCCUGUUACCGGGAAGCGCCUCGAUGUGGACAAGUGUGCGAUAAACCCUUGCCGUGUCAACUUCAUCGAUGUCGUCGUACGUGUCACGCUGACGCUUGUCUGGGCGAGAAUGAAGUAUGCACGCAGCCUUGCGGCAAGUCAAGAAGCUGUAGUCAUCCUUGCAAAGCGCCCUGCCACGGCGAUUCCCCUUGCCCCGAAACCGAACCGUGUGAUGCAAGAAUACGCGCCACGUGUGAUUGCGGUCAAAAUUCCAUCGAGAUUCCCUGCAACGCCACGGCGGAAUCAAGUGGAUCGAAUCAAAAACUCGACUGCAACGAUUUCUGUCUCAAAGUACAACGUAAUCGACGGUUGGCCAUGGCCUUGGAUAUUCACCGGGAUGAAACAACGGCUCAACAGCUAUCGACAGACGAUCUUGGUUACUACGAUGAUUCGCUAUGCGGAUUCUAUCAUGAGAACCCUAGCUGGUGCAAACAAAUCGAAACCCUGUUGAUUGAUUUCGUUCAGGACUCGAAACAAUCGCUUCACUGCCGACCUAUGCGCAGCGCUUUCCGACGAUUCAUUCACCGCUACUGUAUUCAUUUCAACUUGGCAACGGAAGCCGUGGACCCAGAACCGAAACGUAGUGUGAUUGUGCGCAAGACGUUGGGUCAAUGUCGCGUUCCAUCCAUCCUCCUAUCCUAUGCAGCCUACCAUCCUACAGCGAAUCGACCUCCCGCCCAGCCGGUAAAGGAUUCCGUUGCCGAGGCGACUGUUAUGAAGACAUCCAAGCAACCUGUAAAUGCCCUGUAUCUGUCGGAUAUGGCCUUUGGUAUGACCAAGUCCGAUCUCGAUGAAAUCUUGAGAAAGCUAUACGGCGAUGUCUCCUUUACGUCUCGAUGGGUCAAUGAUUUUGACGCAGUGAUUAUGUUUGAAACGGACAAUGCCAUGCCAGUAUCGGAAAAGGAAGACCUUAUCUGGCGACUAAAGAAAGGAACAAAGAUGGCAUUUUUCGAUACGCAUACCGCUGCGAGGGUAGACUGCUGCUGGAUCAAUCAACAAGACCAUGUAACAUGGUGUGAAAAGCCUUUGACCAACAACAAGACGACCAGUGAAGCACCUACGUCAGCAUCCAAGAAUUCGUUCAAUGCGCUUAUGGACGUUUCUGACAAGGAAGACGACGAUGAUGAUGAAUGGACAUUUGUAGAACGCCACACGACCUCUCAAGAUUCGGCUCCAGCAGAACAUCCCAUUGAUUCUCACAGUACAGAUAAUGAAACAGAUGCUCCUGUAUCUGCUGAUAUUCAAGCAGGAACGACGUCGAAUGCGGAACAACAAGGGCAAGAUAUUGAAUAG